AUGUCAAAAGGUACUAAGUCUUUAUUAGCGUUAGCAGCAACUGGUGGUGCAGUUUAUUGGUAUGACCAAAAUGUUCUGGAAAUUCUUCCAAGACAGCAAAGAAUUCCACCACAGCCAGCAUCUACUGGCGAAAAGAUCAACCGUAAUAUAAAUAGACAAGUUGAUAAGUUGGAUAACAAGAAAGACGAAUUAGUUGACAAGGUUUCCAGCUUCACUAAUGAGCAACAAAGAGAAGCGCAAAAGGCAUCUGAAUCGACACUUGACUCAAUUAAGAACUCGAGACUUGUUAACAACAUUAGUGGCAGUGUCACUGAUUCUAGAAGGAGAAUUGAGGCUAAUGUCGACCAAGACAAGAAUGUUUUGUACAAAUUGACUGAUAAGUACAUUGACUUCGUCAAUGACAUUGGUGGUUCUACCACGAACCAAGUUGAUCAAUUGAAGUCGACAGCCAAAAGCGACAAAAAGCGUGCUGAAGAUAAGGCCAAUUCGUGGUUUAACUGGUUCGGAGACAAGAAGGACGAGGCAGCUAACAAUUUAGAUAAUAACUACGACCAAGCUAAGAGAGAUGCCGAAAAGAAGAAGAAUGAGUGGUUCUCGUGGGGUUCUCAAAAGAAGGACGAAGCAGCAGAUAGAGCCAACGCAGAGGCAGAAAACCUCAAGAAAGAGAAGAAUGCCUGGUCUGCAUGGGGUUCUAAGAAGACCGAUGAAGUAGCUGACAAGGCUGCAGAAGAAAAGAAGGCGUGGACCUCAUGGGGAUCCAAGAAGGCCGACGAAGCCGCUGACAAGGCUGCAGCAGAGAAGAAUGCUUGGUCUUCUUGGGGAUCCAAGAAGGUUGACGACGCUACUGACAAGGCUAACCAAGAAGCUGAAAGACUCGGAAAGGAAAAGGAUGCCUGGACUUCAUGGGGAUCUAAGAAGGUGGACGAGGCUACUGAAAAGGCUAAUCAAGAAGCCGAAGCACUCAGAAAGGAAAAGGAUGCUUGGGCUUCAUGGGGCUCCAAGAAGGCUGACGAAGCUGCUGACAAAUUCAAUGAAGAAACCGAAAGACUUAAAAAGGAAUGGGAAAAUGCAGACAAAUCAGGUAAUUCGACUGCACAGCAAUACACCAGAGGAGCAAAGAACUCUGAGAGAGCUUUUGGUGAUGCUGGUGAUCCAUUGAGCGCCUCAUACGUCCAAGGUAAAGAAAGAGCAAUUGGAAACUACGAAGCAGCCAAGAAAAACUUAGAAGACUUAACCAACAAGGCUAACGCCAAUGUCAAGUCACUUUUCCAAAAGGCUGAACCUUCAUCCGAUGAGAGAUUGAAGCAAGCUCAGGAAGAUUUUAAUAGCGCAUUCCAUAACUUGAGAAGUUAUGGAGCCGAUGUUGUGGAACAAAUUGAAUCCAAUUUUAAGAGAAAUUAA